AUGCUAAAUUCCUCGCUACGCAACCCCGCACCAGCGUGCUGGAGCAAAAGCCUCUGCUCAGAAAGCACAGCGAAGCGAUACGCACCAAGUGGCAGAAAUGAUCGCAAGUCCGCAGAAGAAUCGCGUCUGAAGGAGCUGGAGGAGCAUGAGAGCGCGUCGACCCGGCCAGAUACCCCAAAGUCGAAGAAGACCGCCGGACCCAGAUCAGUUGUCAGGGGGAAGAAGGAAGCCUUUGCAGAAUCCGUGAAACCAGAAGCAGGACCCAAGAAGCGUAAGAGGGAAGAACAAGCCCCGAAUGCGGACAAGAGCAAGAAGCCCAAGCAGGCACCCGUACUUGGUUGUCAGUAUGGUUUCUGGAAGGAUGCCCGGAAAGUGCAGUUCAAGCGUAUCAGGGCAGCAGGCUCCGGGCAAGAUCCGCAGCUGGCUGAAGGAUCGAGACAAGGGUGA